UUAUCCCGGCAGCUCUCCGAAUGGCUUCCGAGUAUCCGCAAUGCGUUGUGAAUCCAAAAUGGCGCUUGGAAAGGCUGUGGUUUACGGUUCGCUCGCAUUAGGCAUCGUAAUCCUCAUAUUAGUGCUAAACUUCGCUUAUUUGCCAAACCGAAGACUUAACCAAGACUUUAAUCUAUCGACUCAAAGCGACAUUGACAGUAAAAGACCAACGAUCUCCACUUUAACAACAGGAAAUGCAAGGAGUUUCACGCCGAAGUUUGAAGAUCCCGAAUUGUCUCUUGAGGACUACAAAACACGGAUGUGGAAUUGCAGUAAAUCAAAUUCUAUUGAAAAAUCAGCCCUUAAAAACUCCAGUGUGUCCCUGUGUUAUGAUAUGUUGAAAGAUCCAUUAAUGUGUUUUAUGGACCCCGUACAUUGCAAACAUCCGCCAGAAAAGAAAUCUAGUAGGAAUUAUCACUGGCCUCGAUACGGAGAGUAUGCCUAUUUACCUCGUUCCAAGUGGCCUCUUGUUAUGUUGCAUGGUGGUGUGGUAUUCCUCUACGAUCCGUGUGCAUCGCCUGAACUUAAGGAAGACCUCAAGGCAUUAGCAGGAAGCUGUCUGCACCGUUUUGUGAUCACUCCCUAUGAACACUUAGCUCCAGGACAGGAUUUUGCUAUCGUCACAUGGGGUUGCCUUCACUCCGGUAAAGAACUCAACCUGACAGCAAUGAAGCAUUGGAUUCGAGCCAAAGCAAUGAACGCCCCUGCCACUCAUGUCACCAAAACUGGAGACUUCAAAAAGGGAUUGAUACAGCCAGCGAAAAUUGUUUCAGACAUACAUGAAACAGAACUAUGCCCUUCAAAUGAUUCCAAAUUCGUGCUGAGUGAUUCAUCGGAACAAAGCGAGAGGAGAACGGAGUCAGACAGUAACCAGAACACCAAGUGGGAGGAGCACCUGUCAAUCAAAGAGAAUGUUGUCAUUGUUCAAGAUAGUAAGGGCAAGCCUAUGUUAAGACAUAAGUUCGACAGUGUGAAUGCUGCCUGGGCUCUAGGCAGCCUCAUCUUCCUCUGCCUCAUACUCACGAGUGUUAUGAUGUACACAAGGCCUUGGAGACAGAGGGACUUUUGGUGGAGAACCGAUGAUAUCACUUACAACAGCAACUCAAGGUUUAAUAUGCUCAAGAGUAAAUCACUCAGUUUUAAUUGGAGGGGAAACAAGAGAAGGUCAUCCGCGCAGAUGAGGCUUUUGGGCCCGAUUCCAGAGGAACCUGAUGACGACAUAUAGCAGAAAAUUAAAUUAUAUAACAAUCUUUUUAUUGUACAUUGGCUACCAUACCAAACGGGCUGGGAAAGAAUGAUAUGGAGUUCUCUCCCUGUCUGGCCUGGACGUCGCCCCAUAAAGUCUUAACUCAGCUUUCAUGGAGCAUCCGCCGAUGAGAACAGCUUUAUCAAUGAAAUACCACUCCGAUAUCUGAAGUGGCUGUGAAGCUAAUGAAAGAAUUACUGAGCGAGCGGGAAAUAUUGCUUCAGUUAGUCUGGAGGAUUGCGAUUGUUAGCCUGGAGGAUUGCGUCCUCUUCGGAAUGGCGUAUCGCUUUUUAAGCGUAUCGCUGUUCGCCAAAAUACUUCAGACUCACAAAAAUCUUGUGAUCUUGUACACUAAAAUGUGCAAUAAGAUAAUAUAGUUAUUGUGGCCCUAAAAGACUUAUGGCUGCAUCAAACCCCAGACUUUUUUAGAAAUAUCAAGAAUACACAAAAUUUAAGGCCAUUUGCCUUAAUCUCUGCAUUAUGCAGAUAUGUUUAAUUUAUAAAGGUAUUUGUUACUUGAGUUUUUUCCCAAUGUAGCCUCCUCUGAAGGCGUAUGUAUGUCUGUUUCCGGCUUAUCGAGUUUGUUAUAUUUUGACUUGUGGAGAACCCGUUUUUUACAAUAUUGGUUUUCUUGUGGCAAACCAAGAACAAUAAGGGAAAUGUCAUCUGGAGGUUAAUAAAUCAAAACUACAAAAG